AUGGUGACUUUGAUUGGACAUUGCUGGAUACGACCACGGAGUAUACAUCAGCCUACUAGGCCCAAACUCAUGCACGGUCAUGUCCCCGUCUUCUCACUGUCUUCCUGUCCUCCGAGGGGAGACCGAACUCCAAUUCGCACAAAAAAAGCCGGGGUACGGAAUGAUUGA